ACAAUAAAAUAACUGUAUUAAUAUUGUCACGAUUAAUUGUACAAUUUAUACAAAAUUAUAACCAAUUCUUUCGUAAUAUAAUAAUAUUAUCUUAACCUCAAAAUCGGCUGUCAUGUGUCAGUCAAAUCCAGUUGGGAAAGAUGGCAGAUACAGAGCUUGCAAAAGCCCUGAAGGAUCUUCCAUACCGCGUCCAAACCGCGAGUUUAAAACAGCGAAAAGAGGUUAUAGAGAGUGUGAUUGAUGUUUUGCAAAAUCCCGCUAUCAAUGAGAGUAUCAUCAAGGGAAUUUGUCGGGUGAUUCAGUUAACUUUGCCCCGAUACCGCGACAGUUCGUCUCAAGUUCUGGUGAGAAAUUUAAUCGUGGCAUUGCUUGAAAAACAUUCCGAUUUUGCCAUAAAAUGCCUCACUUUGAUGCUUGUGGACAUUGCCACCCAACACAAAAAUCUGGUCGUGACUACGAACACAUGUCAGACAGGGUUGUAUGCCCUACACUGGUCAUGUCUCUUGGUCACAGUUGGUUGGAGAGUCAACGAAAACAUUCUCCAAACCCACUUAUCGGAAAUCGUCGAAGUUCAAGCCGUUUUUUUGACAACAGUUGUGGCAGCAGGGAUUGAAAAACGCUCAACUAAAGCGUUCAAUCUUUUAAAUAAUUCAUGGAAUUCAAUACCAGAAAGUGAAAAAUUGUAUUUAGAUAAAUUAAGCAAGUCCGAACAGACCCAAUAUGUGGUUGUUUUAGCAGCAGCGAUAGCUAAACGACUGACUUGUAUUAAUAAAAAUGAUUUAAUCGCCCCGUACAUUAAUUCACUUUUGGAGACUUUUAUUAAAAAUUUUGUCAGUUGUAAAACGAGACCUUUGCCAAAUGUUGUAAUAGCCACUUAUCCGUUAUUAAAACAAGUCAGUUUUGAUUUAUUCAAAACGAAUCUUUGGUCCUCACUUCAGAAAGCUAUGUUGCGAAACCCCGAAGUGAUUUUAGAGUGUGUUGGACUUGUGAUUUCAGGUCUUAAUCUAGACUUGAGCACUUGUGCUGUUGAAAUUGGAAACAGUUUAAUUGCAAAUCUAUACUCAAAGGACGACCAAGCAAAAAACGAAGCCGCCGAUGCGUGCAAACGACUCGCUCAACAAAUUAAAGAACCCAAAGCUGUUACAGAUUUAUUGAAGAAGACUUUUGCCGUUUUUCACGGUUCUGAGGGAAAAUUGACUGUUGUCGAUCAUAAAAUAAGUGUUUUGCAAGCCAUUGGUUAUUUCAGUUAUAACAAUGUUCCUGAAGAUCAGUUGGGGGAAGUACUGGUCAAUGUGUCUGAUUGUUUCUUGAAGAUUUUGGAGAGUGAGGUUCAUGAGAAGACGCUUUGUUUCGCUUUGGAGAUGUUUGCUUUGUGGGGUUGCAAGUUUGAGAAGGAGGUGCCUGCCAAAGUUGUGGACGCAUUUAAGAAUGGCAUGGGCUUGAAAACCUCUACUCCUCUAGUCCGUAUAUCAUACAUAAAAUGCAUGCUCACCUGUUUCAACCGAAACACAAUUAAUCAAGCCACCUGUUUAGUACCAACAUUACUAAAAUCAGUUGAUCGAGCAGUUGCACAACCUGCACAAUGUCUUCCUGUAACAGAAGGCUUGUGUGCAAGUUGCAUGCUCCUGAAAAUAAUCGCAGUAAGUGGUGAAAAAGAAACCAACUUUCAAAACCUCUGGAACGUUAUUCUCGACAUGGAUAAGCAGAUUUUCGUCUCGGAAAAAUUCCUAUCAACAACUGGCGACGACGGCUUGAUUCACGUUAUGCAUCUGUGCGAAAAACUACUAAUUGAUCAUUCGAAAAUCCUAAAUGGGAAAAAUUCACCACUACAUCGUGCAGUUCUAUACUGUGUGAUUUUUGGUUCGGCCAAAGUGCGUCGUAAAUGUUUGACGAUUCUCAAGAGAAUGGUUACAAAUUCUCCGAAGGCAGCUCUGGCAAGGGCUUUGCUCAGGGAGUUGUUGAGUUUUCUCGAAACUGUUAAAAUUCAAGGAGAGAAUAAUACGGAAAUGUCCAGUCAUGCACUAGUUGAGUGUAUCACUUCCUUGUGUUCGGCACAGGAUUUGGCACUUGAAGAUGUUCAGUUUUUGGCCUUGGAUGCUUUUCUUCCAGCUCAUUAUCCGACUGUUGUGGCCGUUGCGCCCGAUUUGUGGGUCAAAAUCACCAAGCAUUUGAAUGUGAAGCCCAAGGUUUUGAUUGCGCAACAAGCUGAUUUCUUUAGGAAGGUUCUGGUGCAAGAGUACGUCACUUCGCCGACGAAUGAAAAUGCUUUGGCAACGACUGUAUCACUAAACGCCGAAGUAAUUUUACCUUCUUUAAUCGAAACAAUUGCCACUCAUUUGAAUGACCCACGAAUAUGUCAAGUAUCUAAAGACGAUUAUUUCACUUUUUUGACUCCUGAAGGAGAACUUUACGACAAAAGUGUUGUUCCAGGAAACGAAACGAAUGAAACAAUGAAUUUGAAACGCGAAAGUAAAGUUUACAGUUAUAAAGAACAAUUGGAAGAAUUGCAACUGAGACGCGAAAUUGAAGAAAAGAAAAAGAAAGAUGGAAAAAUUAAACCACCACAGUAUACACCUAAACAAUUGGAAGCUAUCAAAAAUCAGAAAAUGAAAGAACAAGCGAUACGAUCACGACUAGCAAUGUUGAACACUUCUAUCAUCAAUUGUGUUUCGAUGAUAAGAGCCGCUGCAAAGGGCAAUCCCUUGCAAUUAUCUUUAUAUUUCAAAGACUUGCUUCCCUACAUUUUGAGCGGUUUGCAAUCACCACUUGCCGCUCCUUAUUUGUCCAAACUUUACACCGACCUUCGAAGUACAGUUUUCACACACCAGUUGGAAACUUUGGGCGAACUUAUUGCGUUCGUUACAUUGAGAUUAUUGAAACCACAAUGUGAUAUUGACGCGAAUUGGGAAGCCGAGAAUUUAAACAAAGCAAUGGUCCGAACUGUAUCAUUGAUACAUGAAAAAACCGUUGCGAAAAAUGAGACUCAGAAUUGUUUUACAGUUCCUGCGUUUUGUUACACUUUUGUGUUGUUGAAAUUGAGUCUUUUAUCGAAUUAUGCGAGAAAUCACGACGAGUUGGUUCAUGAUGGCUUACAGAUUAUUUCCGAACAUGCAAGGUUAAGGGCGACGGAACAAAAUGGGUUGAAGGAUCUUUUUGAUCCACAGUAUUUGCCCAUCAAGCAGAUGUUUGAGUUACUGGUGGAAAUUAUAAGUAGUUCAAGCGGUCGAGUGCAAUCGCAAGCCGAAGCUUGUCUUCUGGAUGUCGCUCGUUGUGCUAGUGGUGAUCCAGGUUGUACAAAAGCAACAAUGGACGAAAUCGACGUCCUUUUGACCGGUUUACAAAACCCAGCUGUUGUCGUAAGAGAUGCAGCUUUACGAAGCUUAACAAUAAUUGUCUCCUCACUACCGAAUUACGAAAGCGAUUAUGAAUACGCAAUGAAAAUUAGCAAAAGAAUAUGGAUUGCGAAAUUUGACGAAAAUGAAGAUAAUCAAAUCUUGGCAGAAAAAUUAUGGGAAUUGGCAAAAUUACAAUUUCCAGCUUGUCUCAGCGAAGAAUUAAUGCCCGAUAUUGAACAUCCAGUUGAGUGUGUUCAAGUUGCAGCAUCGAGAGCUCUUGCUGCUCUCUUGCAAAAUAAUCAAGAACAAGUGCAGGAAACUUUGCAGAAGCUUUUGAAAUUGUACAAUCAACGAUUACAGAUGAUUCCGGCAAAAUUGGACGAAUUUGGUCGUGAAUUGGAGAAACCAAUCGAUACUUGGUUUCCGAGACGUGGUGUGGCUUUAGCUUUAGCUCAGUUGGCACCACUUAUAACUCCCGAUUUGAUUGGUGAUUUGGUGCAAUUUUUUGUCUCGACGUCAUUAAGUGAUCGACAUGAACAAGUCCGAAAGGAAAUGUUAAAUGCGGCUUUGAAAAUUGUGGAUUUGCAUGGAAAGGAAACUGUCAGUACAUUGUGGCCAGUUUUCGAUACUUUUAUGAGCAAAUCGAGCAAAUCGGCCCAUUUGGACGCCGUCAAGCAAGCUGUGGUUAUCCUCAUGGGUUCCUUAGCCCGUCAUUUAGACAAAGACGAUGAAAGAAUCAAACCUAUAGUUUUACGACUUAUACAAGCACUAUCAACACCUUCACAAACAGUCCAGGAAGCAGUUGGCAAUUGCUUACCACCUCUCAUACCAUCAGUAAAAGACGAAGCUCCUGGUUACAUAAAUAAAUUACUCCAUCAGUUAUUAAAAGGCGAUAAAUACGGCGAACGUAAAGGUGCAGCUUACGGUUUAGCUGGAAUAGUAAAAGGAAUGGGAAUUCUCGCUUUAAAACAACACGAUAUUAUGACAAAACUAACCGAAGCAAUCCAAGACAAGAAAAACUACAAGCAUCGAGAGGGCGCUUUGUUCGCCUUUGAGAUGCUUUUCCACAUGUUGGGCAAACUUUUCGAGCCGUAUAUUAUCCACGUUUUGCCGCAUUUGUUGCAAUGUUUCGGCGAUACGAGUCAAUAUGUUCGUGCAGCUGCUGAUGAUACGGCCAAAGUUGUGAUGAGUAAACUGUCAGGACAUGGAGUCAAGUUGGUUUUGCCUUCGUUGCUCGAUGGCUUGGAACAGGAUUCCUGGAGGACUAAGACAGGUUCGGUUGAGUUAUUGGGUGCUAUGGCGUAUUGUGCACCCAAACAAUUGUCCUCGUGUUUGCCGAGUAUUGUACCAAAGUUGAUUGAAGUGUUGAGCGAUUCGCAUAUGAAAGUACAGGAAGCUGGAGCUGCGGCUUUGAAGGUGAUUGGAUCGGUUAUACGAAAUCCGGAAAUUCAAGCCAUCGUUCCCGUACUACUCAAGGCCCUUCAAGACCCCUCAAACAAAACCUCCGUGUGCCUCCAAACCCUCCUUGACACCCAAUUUGUCCACUUUAUUGACGCCCCAUCCUUGGCCCUAAUAAUGCCAGUAGUCCAACGUGCUUUCAUGGACCGUUCGACCGAAACGCGAAAAAUGGCCGCCCAAAUCAUCGGCAACAUGUACUCACUGACCGACCAAAAAGACCUCCUUCCCUACCUCCCGACCAUUAUACCCGGCCUUAAAACCUCUCUCCUGGAUCCGGUCCCAGAAGUCCGCAGUGUGAGCGCUCGAGCUUUGGGCGCAAUGGUUCGAGGAAUGGGCGAGUCGAGCUUUGAGGACUUGCUGCCAUGGUUAAUGCAAACACUAACGUCUGAAAGUAGUUCAGUUGAUCGUUCUGGAGCUGCGCAAGGUCUUUCCGAGGUGGUUGGUGGUUUAGGUGUUGAGAAGUUGCACAAGUUGAUGCCGGAAAUUAUUGCAACGGCUGAGAGGACUGAUAUUGCACCGCAUGUCAAGGAUGGAUAUAUCAUGAUGUUUAUUUAUAUGCCGGUGGUUUUUACCAAUGAUUUUACGGUGUAUAUUGGACAGAUUAUUAAUCCGAUUUUGAAAGCACUAGCCGAUGAGAAUGAAUAUGUGAGGGACACCGCCUUAAAGGCGGGACAAAGGAUUGUCACUUUGUAUGCGGAUUCGGCGAUUUUGUUGCUUCUGCCCGAGUUGGAGAAGGGACUGUUUGAUGAAAAUUGGAGGAUUAGAUACAGUUCGGUGCAACUUCUCGGCGACUUACUUUACCGCAUUUCUGGCGUUACCGGCAAAAUGAGCACUGAAACAGCCAGCGAAGACGACAAUUUCGGCACCGAACAAUCCCACCAUGCCAUAAUCAAAGCCCUAGGUGCUGAACGACGUAAUCGUGUCUUGGCCGGUCUUUACAUGGGCCGUUCCGACGUUGCACUGAUGGUCCGACAAGCGGCUUUGCACGUCUGGAAGGUCGUAGUAACAAACACACCUCGAACUUUGCGAGAAAUUUUACCAACAUUGUUCGGUUUGUUGCUGGGUUGUCUUGCGAGCGAUAGCUACGAUAAGCGACAAGUUGCCGCAAGGACACUUGGUGAUCUGGUGCGCAAAUUGGGCGAGAGGGUACUACCGGAAAUUAUUCCGAUUCUGGAAAGGGGGCUCCAGUCGGAUCAAGCCGAUCAGAGGCAAGGUGUGUGUAUUGGUUUGUCGGAAAUUAUGGCUUCGACGUCCAAGGAGAUGGUUUUGACUUUUGUUAAUUCGUUGGUACCGACUGUGAGGAAAGCAUUGUGUGAUCCUUUGCCAGAAGUGAGGCAAGCCGCAGCCAAAACUUUCGAUAGUUUGCAUUCGACGGUUGGUGCAAGGGCUUUGGAUGAUAUCUUACCGACGAUGCUUAAUCAAUUGAACGACUCUGAUCCCAACGUGGUCGAAUGGACUUUAGACGGCCUCCGUCAAGUAAUGGCAAUCAAAUCUCGCGUUGUCCUCCCUUACUUAGUACCUCAAUUAACCGCCCCUCCCGCCAACACCAAAGCCCUCUCGAUUCUGGCAUCAGUAGCCGGGGAAGCCCUCAACAAAUACCUCCCUCGUAUUCUCCCAGCAUUACAAACAGCCUUGGCCACAUCUCGUGGAACACCAGAGGAAGCCCAACAGUUGGAAUACUGUCAAGCUGUCGUUCUAUCGGUCAGUGACGAAGUCGGUAUUCGAACCGUCAUCGACACAAUGCUCGAAAACACACGAAACGAAAACGCCGAUCAGAGGCGAGCCGCUGCGACACUACUUUGCGGUUUCUGUGCCAAUUCAAAAGCACAGUAUACAACUCAUGUGCCACAAUUGUUGAGAGGUUUGAUACAUUUGUGUACGGAUAGUGAUAAGGAUGUGUUGCAAAUGUCAUGGGAGGCGUUGAAUGCGGUUACGAAGACUUUGGAUCCGAAGUUGCAAGCGACUUAUGUGUCGGAUGUUAGGCAAGCUGUGAGAUAUGCCAUGUCGGAUAUGAAGGGGGCGCAGUUGUUGCCCGGAUUUUGUUUACCCAAAGGUAUUGCCCCAAUUUUGCCCAUUUUCCGUGAGGCAAUCCUCAAUGGUGAUGGCGAUGAGAAAGAAACCGCAGCUCAAGGUUUAGGCGAAGUGAUUAAAGUAACAAGUGCACAAGCCCUUCAGCCUAGCGUUGUUGCAAUCACAGGCCCUUUGAUUCGAAUACUUGGCGAUCGUUUUAGUGCCAACGUUAAAACUGCAGUUCUUGAAACUUUAGCAAUUUUGUUAGCUAAAGUUGGUGUUAUGUUAAAACAAUUUUUACCACAACUUCAAACAACAUUCGUCAAAGCUUUAAACGAUCCAAAUCGAAUUGUGCGCUUGAAAUCGGCCACAGCUUUGAGUUAUUUAAUUGUAAUCCAUCAAAGAGCAGAUCCACUUUUUAUGGAAAUGCACAAUACGAUUAAACAAAGUGACGAUUCAGCAAUUAGGGAAACAACAUUGCAUGCCUUAAGAGGGAUUAUUACGCCAGCUGGUGAUAAAAUGUCCGAUACAGUUAAAAAACAGAUUCAUUCGACUUUGUUAACACUUUUGGGGCAUCAGGAAGAUGUGACUAGGAAUUGUGCUGCCGGCUGUUUGGGGGCGAUUUGUCGCUGGUUGACACCAGAACAGUUGGAAGUUACUCUAACUGAGCAUCUUUUGAGUGAAGAUGUGCAAAUUGAUUGGACUUUGCGGCAUGGAAGAGCAGCAGCUUUGUCGGUGGCUUUGAAGGAAUUUCCAGCGUGUAUAUGGCAAGAACAGUACAAAACAAGACUGAUUCAGACGAUUUUGGGGCAAUUGGCUGCUGAUAGAGUUGUUAUUACGCAAACUGCAGUGCGUUCGUGUGGCUAUUUGCUGCAGUUUUUGAUGCUGAAUGGGGAAGCGCUUCCGACGAAUUUGUUGGGACCUUUUGUGAGGACAAUGAACAACAAUAACAACGAUGUAAAACAACUCUUGGCUCGAGUUUGCAUCCAUUUGGCUAAAACCGUACCACAGGAGAAGAUGUCUUCAGAUUUGUUGAAGCUGCUUUUACCAACGUUAGUCAACGGAACUAAAGAGAAAAAUGGUUAUGUUAAGGCAAACUCAGAACUUGCAUUGAUUGCGGUUUUGAGGCUAAAAGAUGGCGACGCUAUGCAACAGCGAUGUCUGAGUAUUCUGGACGUCGGCGCUCGCGAAUCCCUCGCUGACGUCGUCAGUAAAGUCCUCAAAAAGAUAAUGUCGCAGCCUGAGGGAAAGGAAGAGGAGCUCGACGACACUUUACUGACUUGAUUAUUAGGGUCACGCAACGGAGCAAACAACACGUUGAUUUGUUGUAUCCCUGCGUUUUUGAUCAUUUCCGGUGUUCGUUUCUUCAUUUUGUUCCCUUUGAGUUUUAAUAUAUACGAUUUUGUAAAUUUUGUUUUAAAUACAAUAAUAAUAAAUGAGAAAAAAAAUC